AUGCUGGGUAAUUCAAUCCCCGAGAAUCUCAACACGGCUACUUUUCUAUAUGCUGGGAUCGCAUGUCUCGUCAUAGUCCUCUGUUUGAGACCCAUCUUAUACUUUUCCUCCUCGCCCAUAAAGGGCGUCCCGGGGCCCUUUCUGGCGAAGUAUACGCGAUUAUGGGAGCUUCUGUCAGUCGUAGAAGGCAAUUUUCAUCAAAAGGCAAUAGACUUACACAAAAAAUAUGGGCCUGUUGUGAGAAUCUCGCCAAAUAAGUACGAUUUUGACUCCGUUGAAGCUGUAAAAAUCAUUUACUCUUUGACCAAAACGUUCCCGAAAUCGGCAUAUUAUGAAGCUUUCGCAGAUCCACACCGUAAGACUCUUUUCAAUUGCAGAGAUGUGGGAGAGCACAGCAAGUCACGACGCUCGAUGGCUUCUCUGUACACCAUGACGACGAUGCGAUCAUAUGAAUUUGCAGUCGAUAACCAGACGGCAGUGCUUCAAGAAAAGAUGAUGCAACUUGCUCGGGACAAGAAAAAGGUUUCUUUACCACAGUUGCUACAGCUCUAUGCCUUUGAUGUCAUUGGCGAGAUUACGUUUGGAAAAUCGUUCUCCUUGUUACACAAUGAAUCCAGCUCGCCGUACUUCUAUCUGAUAGAUAUGCUCGACAAGACCUUUUGGUUAUCUGCGAAGCUUGGUAUCUUACCCGAACUUUGGCCAUCCCUCCUAAAGAUACUUCAAAUGACCAAUGCAACAUCACCGGUUGCGUUGAAUAACAUCGCUAUCGAGCAAUUGGACAAAUUCCGAAGGCAGGAAAAUGAGGAAAGCUGGAAUGAGCAUGCCGAGCCGUUCAUUGCGAAAGUGAUCAAGCUUGAAAAAGAAGGGAAGAUGACGAACUGGGAUGCUGUGAGUGUCUGUGCCAACAACAUCGUUGCUGGAUCAGAUACGACAGCCAUAACUCUCAACUCGGCCUUAUAUCACAUAUACACCAACGAGCAAGUUUUGACACGUCUGCGGCAGGAAUUGAACAUCCUUGAAGGCGAAGGGAAAAUAUCUAAUCCAAUUACUUUUCAAGAAGCACAAAGUAUUCCAUACCUUCAAGCGAUUGUGAAAGAGGCGAUGCGUGUCCAUCCAGCAGUUGGAGUUCCGUUAGCUCGCACAGUGCCCGAAGGAGGGCAACUUAUUAACGGCAUAUUCUUCCCAGAAGGCACAGAGGUCGGGGUCAAUGCCUGGGCUCUAAACUAUAAUAAAGAUGUCUACGGUCCUGAUGCAGAUCAGUUCAACCCAGACCGAUGGCUCAUAUCGAAUCCCAAGGUCGAAAUGAACAGCACUAUUAGUCUUUUUGCUUUUGGGGCCGGAUCACGGACGUGUAUAGGGAAAAACAUCAGCUUGUUGGAGAUGUAUAAAGUCCUACCUCAAAUUGUCCGUAAUUUUGAUAUACACAUUGAUGUGAGCGCCAGACCAUGGAAGCUUGCGUGCAGUUGGUUCGUGAAGCAGACUUAUCUGGCGUCACUGACUCCUCGACAGAGGGUUUGA